CAACACUUCACACCACCGCACCACCAAACAAACCAAUCAAUCAUCAUGCAGGCUGUUAAGGACACCAUCAACCAGGCCUCGGAGAAGGUUCAGGAGCUCGGCUCUGGCGCUUCCAAGGAGGCCAACAAGGACGUCGCUAAGAACUCGGACGCUUCCAUUGGUACCCGCGCUGAGGCUGCCAAGGACGCCGUCUCGGACAAGAUGGACGAGGCCUCGCACGGCAGCAAGGCUGACCUCCACGGCGCUAAGCGUGACGCCUAAAUGGGCGCUCACCACGACGCAUGAUCGUUCGAGGACGAUGUCGUGUAUGCUUUGAGUCUCCUAUUUCAAUCAAAUAUCCUUAUGGCCAC